AAACCCUGUCACAGAUAUCAGUCACAGCUGAAAUGUAAAGCUCGAAAGAUCACAGAGGCUGCAUGGAAACAAAGCUGUAGUCUCCUACCAGAGAGGUGUAGAAAUGAGGUGACUUUCUCUUACACUCCUCUUGUGUUAGAUACAGACGUGCCUUCAUCUCUCUCUAAAAUCGAAACGAAGAGCAAAAGAUGCAAGAAAGCUCGCCCUAAAAAGCUAAAGAGCUUCAUCCCCGUGGCCAAAAAGGAAACGUCCCCGGCUGACCUGCUUAAAACACCCAAGAGAAGGAUCCUCAUAGUUGGAAAACCUGGAAUUGGAAAGACCGCAGUCGCCCAUCAAAUGUUGAACCUCUGGGCACAGAAAGAUCACAGAGAACUGGAUGACAUGUUUUACUUUGACGUGAGAGACAUUUCACCCAGCACACAUCCCAUGAGACUGGAGGACCUUCUCUUUAACAUGUACAGUGAGCCAGAAGAAAGUAGAGAAGAAGUGUUACAGGAUAUUAAGAAGAAUUCUGAAAACGUUGUCAUCAUUUUUGAUGGAAUCACAGACCUCUCCUCUCAUUCGGUGAUAAAGAAACUUGUGGACAAGGACCUCCUCCUUGAUGCAAAGAUUGUGAUCACAUGCAGACCAGAGGUUCCAUCAGGAGACUUCCUGACAGACUGGCAUUCGUUCAGAGUGGAGGUGAAAGGGUUCAGUAAUGAGUCCAUCCGGGCUUACUUAACAAAGAUGUUGAGUGCUGAGCCUAACCCUACGCCAAACCAUGAUUCCUUGAGCAUUGUGUUAAACAACCUAGAGUUGUUCAGUCUGUGCCAUGUCCCGAUGUAUGCAUUGAUGGUGGUUGCCUGCAUGUAUUAUUCCACCCCAGAGGCUUCUAAGCAGCCAUGGCCUACAACUAAGAUGUACAUCAACAUCCUCCGUUACUGCAUCCUAAAACACAGUGGCAAACAGAUGAAUGAUCUCGACAAGUGUCUCGCAGAAAACAGAGAAAAAAUAUUGUCUUUAGCAGAAAUGGCUUUUGAUGCAACACAGCAAAAACCGAUGAACUUGACAGAACUGAGCUGCGAAGUAAAGCAGUGUCCAGUUUUCUUUCUUAGGGGCUCUUAUGAUUAUGGUCGAGCCCACAGUAUCAGACACUUACUCUGCAUUUCUCCAUUACACAAUGCAGGAGUUCUUUGGUGCCCUUUGGCUCUUACAGAAUCCAGACAAAAUCAGAGAGGUUCUACAGAAGUGCCAGACUGAAGAAUGGAAACACACAAAACACAUGGUUCCUUUCCUGUGUGGGCUUCUGAAUGAGAGGAAUAUUAGACUGGUAAAUGGUCUAGUUCCAGCUCAACAGAUCAAGAAGACGUCAGAUUGGUUCUUCAAGGAAGUGGUGAACACAUUUCUUCCACUUCAAACAAACCAAGAUCAUGCAGAAGGUGGUGCUCCUGAGUUUGAGAGAGAUCUUCUGUUUUUAUGUCAGUGCUUGUAUGAAUCUCAGUCUACUGAGGCCUGUUUGCUUCUUCUGGACAAACUGGACUACAAUCUAGACCUGGAUGAAGAACAUCUUGAUCCUCACCAGUGCUGUGCAGUCUCCUAUAUGAUCAGUCAGUCUGCAGAGAGAAAGGUUGACGUGGACCUGAACAGCUGCACUGUGUCAGACCAAGGACUAAGGCUGAUACUGGGCUCUCUGAAGAAUGUCCGAUAUCUCAGAUCUGACCCCUCAAUGCUGUGUCAACUCUGGACAACUUUGCUGCGCAGUGAGGCAGACAUUGACUUCACUCGCUUACUUGGGCUCUGUGGAAAUGAGUUGCACCUUCCAUUCCAGGGUGAAAGACGAGUGUUUGAGAGAGCAGAAGAAGUGAUGAAGCAGAGCCUAGAGAGGGUUAACCUCUGUCUACACUGGGAUCGGAGAACUCUUCUCAGUGAGGCUCUCAGCAAGACCAUGUUAAAGUGUUUAACACAUAUCAACAAACUCCAUUUUACCCCACUACAAGAUCAGAGAGAAUCCCCUGAAAAACUAGAGAAAGAAGAGAAAUCAGUCCUACUAGAUUUGUGUCUACAAGUAGGAUUAUAUCACAGAGAAACGUUCCACGGUGCUGUGAACACACUGCUGUCACUGUUCUCUGUGUAUCAAACUGAAAGAUAUGACAUCCUGCUGGAUCUGUACUCUCAUGUGAAGGACUAUGAGACUCAAACAGGCAGGAGUAUCCUUCCAGCAUUACAGCCAGUUUACCAGUCAGCUCCUGCAGUCUGGUCCAUAGACCUCUCAGAGAGAAAGGUCUCCCUCCUCCUAGAAGUGCUGAAACUCCAACCAGAGAAGAAACCAGUAGAGCUGAAAGGCUGGUCAGAUGAAGAGAUUGAGUUGAGGAGUUUCCUUCAGUGUCUGCCCUACAUCUCACAGCUGAGGUUUGCUCCACCACAGGAUCAGAUAGAAUCCCCUGAAGAGUGGAGAAAGAGAGAGAAGACAUUCCUACUGAAUCUGUGUCUUCAAGCAGUCCUCCAUGAGAGAGAAACCAUACGAACAACUGUAGAGAAAGUGUUGUCACUGUCUGAAGUUUAUCAGGGUCGGAAAUGGGAUCUCCUGCUGGAUUUGUACUCUCAUGUGAAGGACUAUGAGACUCAAACAGGCAGGAGUAUCCUUCCAGCAUUACAGCCAGUUUACCAGUCAGCUCCUGCAGUCUGGUCCAUAGACCUCUCAGAGAGAAAGGUCUCCCUCCUCCUAGAAGUGCUGAAACUCCAACCAGAGAAGAAACCAGUAGAGCUGAAAGGCUGGUCAGAUGAAGAGAUUGAAGUGAGGAGUUUCCUUCAGUGUCUGCCCUACAUCUCACAGCUCAGUUUCUAUCUAUUGGAGUCUGAUAUCUCAAAGCUGAUCAAGUUCCUGGUGGGUCUCCUGUCUCAAGCAGCAGAGUGGGAGGAGCAGUCAGGAGAGAAGACACUGAAGCUGGUAUCAUCAGUGUGUACUUACACAACCUUCUAUUUCUGUGAUGAGGAUGAUUUUAAUGAGUCGCUUCAAUGUGAUUUCCUGCUGGAUCUGUAUUCACAUGUGAAGGACUAUGAGACUCAAACAGGCAGGAGUAUCCUUCCAGCAUUACAGCCAGUUUACCAGUCAGCUCCUGCAGUCUGGUCCAUAGACCUCUCAGAGAGAAAGGUCUCCCUCCUCCUAGAAGUGCUGAAACUCCAACCAGAGAAGAAACCAGUAGAGCUGAAAGGCUGGUCAGAUGAAGAGAGUGAAGUGAGGAGUUUCCUUCAGUGUCUGCCCUACAUCUCACAGCUGAGCUGUGAUUCUGACAGGUUCUUCCAGUGUGUGUGUGAAUCCAUCCCUGUGAGGUCCAGAGAGGAUGCCCAGCAGUUGGCCUCUCUCCUCCAGGCCUUGGGCUCCACCCUGUCACUGGGAGGACAGUUACCCAGGAAAACCUGCAGGUCUGUGGUGAGAGUGCUUGGCCUCUGUGCCUCCAGAGUGGACCUCACUCUCACCCCCAGCAAGAUCUCUCUGAAAGGAGCCUCGCUUCUCUUCACACAUGUGUCACAGCUACACAAGCUCAGGCUGAAUGUGGGCAUGGCAGUGAGACUGGCCAGACUGGCUAGGAGGACAGGGAGAGGGGGUUCUCCACUGACGGUCCCAGAGCUCUCCCUGGUCCUAAAGAGCAGCCAGCCACCAGAGAGAGUGUUAUCCAGGGCUCUGAGUAGUGUGGCGUCCCUGCUGAGACUCUGGACGGUGCAGUGUCUGGACCUGACUGACUUCUGCAUCCAGGGUCACUCUGUCAUCACACUGCUGUGUCACCAAGGCCCUCUCACUCUCAGACUGCACUCAGACACUCUGCAGCAGCUGGCUGUGGUUGUGUAUGAAGCUCAGGACAAGGACUUGACUCGGUGGUUCCUGGAGAAGGUUGGUGGAGACCUGACCACCUGUAGGCUGGACUGGGAGGUGCUUCUCUCUCUGCUGCAGCAUUCAACCCACAACAUCACAGUGGACCUCAGGAAGAACAGGUUUCUAGAGAAGAACAUCUCAGAUCUUCUCCCCUUUCUGGGAAGGGUUAUAUUCAAGAGGCUCAGUUCCAGCUUUGUGAAGUCCACCAUCAGACAGAUCUAUGACAGUAGAGCCAGUGACUGUGUGUCCAGUUUGUUGAGGUCUUCAGACCAUUGGAUCAACCUGAAUAGCAGAGAGCUGGACAGAGUGGACUGUACUGCGCUGUGUUUCACCCUGCAGCACAGCCACCAAGUCAAAGUCAAUCUCCUGUGGACCUCCAUACCACCGGGGGAGAUAGAGAGCAUCCUGCCUCUUCUGGACAGAGUCUCCCAACUCAGGAUGCUGUUGCUGAGUUUCCUGCGCUGCCUCUCAGAUCCUGCAGGGGGCACUAUCACCACCUUCAGCAAUAACAGCAGCAGCAGAGCUGCUCAGGGCUCUGCAGCACAGGUUGGACUUCUCCUGCUCCUCCUUUGUGGACCUGUCAGCUCACGACCAGGGGGAGGCGCUGUGUCUGACCACUGUAGGGCCAUAAACUCUGUUCUGAAGCAGAGCCAGCACAGCACACAGCUGGUUCAGAACCCGACCCAGAACCAGUCCCGAAACCAGCCCCAGGUGCAGCUCAUCCUUAAAGACUGUGAGGUGGAGCACUGAGAGAGCUGCUUCCCAUCCUGCAUAUUGUCAAGCUGAGCCCCAGCAAAGCUCUGCUACUUCAGCUGGUGGACCAUGUGUGUGAGGGGAUUGAAGAGGGAGUGCUGAGACACGCAGAGUCCCUGUGCAGAGCCCUGGAUGGGGAGCUGGACCUCAGUGAGACCAGGCUGAACCAAAAGGCCUGUGGAUCUCUGGCCCUGGUUCUGGAACACUCAGAGGGGCUGUCAGAACUGGACCUCAGCCACUGCCAACUCACAGACCGCCAUCUACAGCCCCUGCUCACACACCUGCACAAAGUUGAAGUCCUUGACCUGAGUCACAAUGACAUCACUGAUGAUCUGACCAACAGAAUUCUCCAACUGGUCUCCACCAACACUUCAAUCUGCACCGUACGGCUCUUCAGCAACACAAUCAAGGACAGAAGUCCGUUCCUGACAGACAAGAGGUUUGAGAUCUGGUGAAGCAGCAUCAGGUCCAAGUCCAGACAGAGGAAGCGAAGAUGGAUGUUGAAGAGGUAGAGGAAGCGAAGAUGGAUGUUGAAGAGGUAGAGGAAGCGAAGAUGGAUGUUGAAGAUGGGUGUAGUAGCUACGAAGCCUCAUCUCAUCAACCUUAACCUGGACACUAAACGUAUCCUAAUUUUAACCAAUUCUUAAAUAUUGAAUGAAAGCCACAUCCCCUUAGUUUUUAGCUGACCUCAUCAUGGUGUCAGAAGAACUGCAAGUGGUGUCAUCAGGGAUUUGGGGACUAAGGUAUUGUAAAAAUAGUUGAGACUCCAGAACUCUGUAAUGUUCUGAGUGUAAUGGAUAGGAAUGUGUAGUUUUAUUUACCUCUUACAUGGUUCUGAAAAACACAGGAACAUGUGUAGUAUAAUGUUUUUUGAGCUUUACAUAAGUAGAUGAUUUUUGUGAUCUGACAAUUUGUGAAAUUCCUUCUGAAGGAAUGGAAUGUAUUUGUGCUUUUCUAGUCUAGUAUUUAUCAGGUUGAUGUGAAUGUGUUCUACAGUUGCAGUGGGAGACGUAAUACAUGAGUGUUUUGUUGCAGGUCAACCUCAUGGUAUUGUUACUCAGGCUAGCCCUGUUGAGAACCAAGCUUCCCUAUUCAGGAAGCAAGGGGUGUGUUGACUUCUCUUGAACGUUUGCUAUGUUGUGCAACGUUUUGUACUGAAUGACACGUUUCCCCAAAAUGUUCUUGAACAGACUUUGAGGUACGUUUGGUGGGUGUGGCGAGGUGUGGCUUGAAGCAAUGAGUGACAUAUUUGUAAAGGGCAGUGGCCAUGCUGACAAUAUUCUCCAACCCACAACCCAACCCCUCCCCAUUUUUCAACUGGUCGUUCAGUACAGCACCGUUUACGUUCAAUUGAACCGUUUCAGAACGUAGAAACAUACUGAACGCAGCCCUGGUGAAGUUCAGGGCAGAAAGUAGCUACAAGUGGGUGGAAACCAUUGAUGCCUCGCAACACGUCAAACCAAUCAAUUGCCUUGCUUUGGCGGAGCACUAAAGGUAGCCACUAGUGCCAUAGGAGGAACAGUGUGUGAGGAUGCCCAGGGAAUCGCUGAUGUAUAACAUAGGCUGUAUGUACACAAACCAUAACAAAAAUGCCCUCAUCGACUUGUGAAGAACAUUACACGCAGCUUCCCUUCUAAGGGCAUGUGGGGGAGGUUUCUUGAAAUAUAACAUCCAAUCAAAAUGUAGCCGCUGGAACCCAGCAGACCAUUCUGUUUUGGCUCAUACAAAAUUCUCCAAUUCUCCAGCAUGACAACAAUGUGAUUUUGGAGGUAUGGCUACAUGAGACUAGUACAAGCCUUUCUCAUAUCAAAACAGACAAACUAAGAAAUAAUAUAUGAAUAUUUUGUUUUUUAAAUAAAUGUACCUUGAGGCCCAU